UUUAGUCGCUUUGGAAGGGUCGGCACAGCUGCUGUCCUGGGUGGGGGGGGGGGACAGGGGUGACCUUAGAGGACCCCCCUCCUUUGCUGCGGCCGGGGUGACCGUUUGGAAAUAAGCAAGGCCGGGGGGCAGCCGGAGGACUUCAUGUCUGUUCAUUUCCCCAUUCACUGCCCUGACUACCUGAGAUCGGCCGAGAUGACUGAGGUGAUGAUGACCACUCCGUCGAUGGAGGAGAUGGGGCUGAGCCCACGCAAGGAUGGGCUCUCCUAUCAGAUCUUCCCCGACCCCUCCGACUUUGACCGCUAUUGCAAGCUGAAGGACCGCCUGCCCUCCAUAGUGGUUGAACCCACCGAGGGCGAGGUAGAAAGCGGGGAGCUGAGAUGGCCCCCGGAAGAGUUUCUGGUCCCAGAGGACGAGCAAGAAAACUGUGAAGAGACAGAGAAGGAGAACAAGGAGCAGUAAAGCCACCGCAGGCACCCAAAUGGGGGCAAAAAAAAAAAAAAAUACACCUGAACUGUAUUUUUUUUCUCAUCGUGAUGGAGGAAGAGAGCAAGCCACAGUAGUUCUGAAAAUGUUAACGACAGCUUCAAUGUUGCACCUGCGAGAUCAUUGGGUUGGUUUUCUUUUUUUUUUUUGAUAUAUAUAUAUAUAAAUAUAUAUAUAUACAUUUUUUUUUCCAAAAUCUGUCAAGCAGCCGAGCCCUCGGUGCGCCGAUUCACAAGGCCUCUUGAGACAGGAAGUUGCUUAGAGAGAAGAAAGAAAGAAAAACCGCUGCUUUCGAGAUUGCUAUCUGAACUUGUGCAGAGUCGCGAGGCAGCCGCAAAAUUCCAGGGGGGGCCUUGGGUGGAGGGUGGAAAUGUGCGAGGAACCAUGGGGCAGGAAAACAGACAAAAGAAAGGAGGAAAUGCACGUUUUAAGAACAGACACGGCGGGGCGAACCACGCAGCCAGCAAGUAUUCAGAGAAAACCAGCUCCGGCUAUAGCAGAAUACCAAGUCUUCAUCUCUCUCCAGUUUGCCUUCCUAAUUUUAGCUUUUUUUUUGUUUGUUUCUGUUCUGUUUUGCGUGCAUGUGUGUAUGUGUGAGAGAGAGAGCAUGUGAGCGAGAAAGAGAGAGAGAGAGAGUGUGUGUGUAUGUGUUAGAGAGUAGGGGAAAUGCUGAGUAGCGUUCUGUUCUCAGCCUGUUUUGUCGGUAAGGGCACAGCUCUGGGGUGAAAGAGCAAACUUCCUCUCCCCAGUAGUUGCACUUCCUUGAGUUACUCCAAGGGUUCUCAGGAGCAAAGGUCCUUCCCUCUCCCCAUCGCCCCCAACUCCCCCGUCCUCCUUGUAGAGCCCUCUGAGAGCUGGCUGAGCAGCGUGAGGAUUAUGUAACUCAGCUUCACACCCAACUCGUGUCCGUCCAGGGUGGGUCCAAAAGGGCAGACGGCCCGUUCUGUAGUUUCCCAGACCAGAGCUGCGGAAGCCGGCUCAUCCUGGCUCCCUUCACCUGGGUUUUUGAGAUGGAAACACUUCCUUCUAGAAGUUGAUCCCCAGUUGGGUUCUCAACUUGAACCCAGCUCUUUGUUUAUCUUAGGAAAGGGUGACAGUGAGAACAUUUCAGCGCAGAGAGGUUGGACGGUGUCCCAAGCUGGGAUGACAGGUAGCAGGGGUUGGCAAGAAGUGGGUAGUGACAAGGAUGCUCAAGGCUUCCUUGCUGGUUGUUCCUGAUUUAUCUCUAGUUACUCCAGCAGCCCCGCUAGAAGCCCUGGAAUGCACCCUCUGGGAUUCCAGGAUCCCAACCCAGUUGGCUUUACCUGACCCUCCAUCUGGAGCUGUUAGGAAGUUGAAGUGGGAUGUGAAUUUCGGGACAGCAUCGGGGCUUCUUGCCCUACGGCCCAGAUGUGAUGGAGAGCGUCCUGGGCCGAACCCACAAAACCAAGAUUCCCACUGUGUCCCCACCCGCUCCAAUCAGCCCAGUUUUCACACUCUAUUUUUGGAUUUCGUGUGCGCGUGUGUGUGUGUGUGCAUAUGUGUGUGUGUGCAUAUAUAUACAUACAUAUAUAUACACACACAUAUAUAUAUAUCUAUAAAUAUAUUUGUAUCUAAUACCUCAAGAGAAAGCUAGUGGAGGUUGGGAUGGGGAAGUGGAGGGAUGUUGGCUUUUUACAUAUCAGCAGGAUCAGGUUUCGGGAGAGAGAGAUUCCCUUUUCUUCCUCCGUCUCAUCCGCUUGUAACAUAAACAUUGAUGGCAAUAACUCUUAGCUCCCUGCCAGGAUAGCGGGCGGGAGAGCCGGGAGAUGGGGGAGGGAUCCUCCUGCCAAGUUGGGCUUGGGAUCCACAGAGGGUCUGACUCCGCCUCUCUCCUUCGGUUCGGCAGCCGAGAACCAGUUGUACCCGAUGGCCGCCCUCGAAGCGGUUUGACAUCGCUCUUUGGGGGAUGAAGAGGGAGGUCAUCUCUCCUCCCGGCAUCCCCUUCUCAUGCUACCAGAACCUAGUCUCGCCGUGUGUUGGAAUGUGCUUGUACACUGCAUCCCGAUCUCAUUUUGUGAGUUUUGAGGUGGUGGCUUUCAUUUGACCGGUCUCUUUGUCCCACCCGUGGAAGUUUGACUAUUGAACAGGCAAAGGGCCCGGAGAUUUACGUGGGUUAGGGUUCUGCUAGUGAUGACCUUACUCACUCUCGACAGUGGCCUCUUCUUUUGGAAGUAAUUUGUGUAUAUUUCUAACUGUUUAAUGUAUCCACAAAUACCCCCCCCAAGUACUCUAGUUAAACGCCUGUUGUAAUGAUGGACUGUCUGUCAUUUCCGUCUCUUCUUUUUUGCUGCUCAGGGAGAAACUAGCAUUUUUUUUUUCCAAACUACUUUUUGUCACUGUGACAGUUGUAAAUAAAGUUUGAAAAUGCUUUCCA